GGAAAACAGGAUCAUAACUACUGGAGGUAGUUCCUUGUGAGCGGUAGUGUGUAGUUAAUCGGCGGUAAAAUAACUUAAAGCUGUCGGCUUUAGCUUAAUUUCACUUUGUCUACGACAGCGACGUCAUGACAGAAUUAAAACCUUGUAAGGUGUGCAAUGUUUCACGGCAGAAAUCAUACGGCUUGGUGGUUUCUUCUUUAACACAACUGAAGAUUAAAGGAUGCGAGUCUCUUGGCUUCGAUCCAGACGCCGUCUCUGUGGUUUUAGAAGAUGACGGGACAAUAGUAGAAGACGAAGCCUAUUUCUUGUGCUUACCACCCAACACAAAGUUCAUGCUUUUGCACCAAAGAGAGACAUGGGCCCCACUUAAAAAAAUUGACGGAGGGACGGCAUGGCUGAGCAGGGACUCUAUGGACCUGGAGACAGUGGAGGCAGAUUCAGUGGACAGCUCCUUGGCUGUUCCCCGGUCCUGGCAGUCCCUGGCUCAGCAGCUGAGGCAGGACCUGGCCAGCAUCAUCCUCAUGUCUGAGGCCGACCUGCAGUCCCUGGUGGACGUCCCUGGCUUGGAGCUGGCCUCCGCCCUUGGCUUCCAGGAGAAGAAGGCUCAGAACCUCCAGGAGACUCUUCAGAGGGUGUUGGACCGCAGGGAGGAGGAGAGGCAAUCCAAGGAGCUGCUCCAGCUGUACCUCAGAGCUGUGGAGAAGGAGGACAGCCAGCUGGCCCUGCCCAGCCAGACCGGGGCAGGUGACAUGGAUGUGCCUGAUGGGAUGGAGGUGGACUCAUCUUCAGGUUUCAUGUCCAGGACUCUGAUGGUCUUGAAGGGCAAGACCAGCCCCGAGACCAGGCUCUCCAACGAGGAGAUCCAGAUGGUGGUGAGCAAGGGCACAGCCUCCAUGGAACAGGUGCUUGGCUGGAGCCCUGAGAGGACCUCGGCCCUGCUGCAGGCCUGCGAAGAAGAGCUGACCGGGAGACUGCAGAAGGUCCGGGCCAUGCACUCUCUCACCGCCUCCUCCGUCUCCCCCUCACAGCAGGAUGGCACUCUGCCCUCAGCGGACAGCCCGGACCAGCACACGCCAGUCAAGCGUAGCAAGCGUCAGACCUGAACGUGAUGUGGACCUGGUAACUUCCUGUGUCGAUCUGUCCAGGCGAGGAAGAUCCACAGAAGGGUCCGUACUCCUGGCCCUCUGUGGAUAUCUUAAGAUUGGGGAGCAGAAGGAAGAUUUGGGAAUUCAGCUAGUUAGCCUGCAGGGGGUUUGAUUUGUGGUUGCGUUUGACUGUUGAUGUAUGUCUAACUGACGUAGGAAAGGAACAGAAUGGCUAUACAUCUCAGAAGGCCACAGCCGGCUCAGACAGGUUUCCUCCAGAAGCAUGAGAAGGAAUACGAUUACUUAUUCAUUGGCUCCGGACUUCCCGACUUGUGUUACAGAGUGUCAUCAAGGGUGUCACGAGGUAAAAAACAA